UACACGACGCUCGAGCCUGUGGCGUGCAGUCUAAAGGGGACCCAUAACCUUGGAUGAGGGGAAUAGAAGGUGUGUGUAUGCAGCGAAAAGUGUGUGUGAGGCAAUAAGAGAGUGGGUGGGUGCAGAAAAGGAAGUGGCGAAGAAGAAGAGGAAGAAGGUUAGUGAAGUAGUGAAGACAAAACGAUAGAAAGCAACAGAUAUGAGACGGUGAGGAAAGAAGGAAGAGAGGAGAGGAAGACGAGACGAAGAGGUAAAGAAGAUGAUGAUGAAGAAGAAGACAUCAGCUGGACGGUCACCUGAGAAGUAAGUGAUCACAGGUUAACAUUUUUUCAAAGUUUAUGAGUUUCAGAGGAACAAAAACCUUCGAGCUGAACCUUCAUGAGGUCUGAAGAAGAUCUGAUGAGAGAGAGACAUCUAUGUUCAAACUUAGAUUUAUGUUAACAUGGAGCUCUAUGGGGACAGAGUCACUGUAGGACACAGCCUCUGGUGGACACUGGAGGAACUGCAGUUCUGGUCCCUCUCUCAGUUUCUGUGAAUUUGGGGGUGAAGCUGUGAAUGAAUGAACAGAGGAAGAUGGCGGAGGUGUUAGGUUGAGUCAGUGUUUCCUGUGUUGUUCAGACUCACAGGUAGAUGAAGGUGUUCUGGGUGUUCGGUUCUGACGCUCUUCGGACCCGUGUGUGUGUGUGUGUGUGAUUGAACAUGAAUGAUUCAUGAGCAGCUGUUGUUGGUGUGUUAAUAAUCAACGCCUGGAGCAUCUCUCUUCCUCUCUGUCUUUCAUUUAUCUCUCUAUCUUUUCAUUCGCUCUCUGACUCAUUUUCUCCCUCUCUGUCUCUGUCUCCCUUUCUCUCUCUCCUUGAACACCUUCAACCAGAGCAAUAACGGCCAGAAAAACAGGACAUGUCUAUUCCUGCUGACUCUAACCUCACAUUCUCACUUUCCCUCCUUCAUUAUCACUUUCUCUCUCUCUCUCUCUCUCUCUCUCUCUCUUUCUCUCUCUCUCUUUCUCUCUCCCGCUCACUUGUUUCUUCUUGCCCCUGGUUUGUCAGAAAGUCAACGGUUUCAUGUGAGGAGGUUCGAGAGAGAGUUAAAGAUUUGAAGCGUAGACUUAAAGCUGGUUAAAAUGAUGUUGAAGCUGCUUCAGUCGCUCUUAUAGGUGGAGUUAGUCGAACUCUGCUCCACCUGGACGCCAGAAACAGAACAUCAUGGCUGUGAAAUGAUCGGUAAGAUGAUCUCUAAUGAUAGAUUAUUACGCUAACACCAGUAUUGGGUCUUCUUACACCAGCACACGGUCUGCUUACGCCAGUAUGGUCUUCCUACACUGGUAUGCAGUCUUCUUACACCAGUAUGGUCUUCUUACACUAGUACACAGUCUUCUUACACUGGUAUAAGGUCUUCAUAUACCAGUAUGGGGUGCUCUUACACCAGUACACAGUCUUCUUACAUCAGUACAGGGUCUUCUUAUACCAGAAAGGGUCUUCUUAUACAAGUAUGGGGUCUUCUUAUACCAGGAUGGGUUCCUCUGACCCUGGUAUAGGGUCUUCUUACUCCAGUACGCAGUCUUCUUACACCAGUAUGCGGUCUUUUGGCUCUGGUUUGUUGUGAACUUGUUUUUGGAUCUUCUGGUUCUGGUUUGUUGAGAACUUGUUUUUGGAUCUUCUGGUUCUGGUUUGUUGAGAACUUGUUUUUGGAUCAUCUGGUUCUGGUUUGUUGUGAACUUGUUUUUGGAUCUUCUGGUUCUGGUUUGUUGAGAACUUGUUUUUGGAUCUUCUGGUUCUGGUUUGUUGUGAACUUGUUUUUGGAUCUUCUGGUUCUGGUUUGUUGAGAACUUGUUUUUGGAUCUUCUGGUUCUGGUUUGUUGAGAACUUGUUUUUGGAUCUUCUGGUUCUGGUUUUUAAAUUUUGAACAUUUUCAGAUUUUCGAUGUUUUGCAUCUUCUUUACGGCUUCGGUUCCUGUGGAUGUUGAAGCUCUUUCUGCUGUUUGUUCUUCUUCAUAUCAAAGUUUCUCAGCUCCUCUGUUUGUAUGUCAGAGUGCGUGUGUGUGUGUGUGUGUGUGUGUGUGUGUGUGUGUGUGUGUGUGUGUGUGUGUGUGUGUGUGUGUGUGUUUAUGCAUGGUUUUCUGUCUGUGUGUUGAGUCAGUGUGGGCGUGCUGACUUCCUGAUAUGAGGAAACUCUCUUCCGAUGGGGACACACUCGAACGUUUCAGAUCGAGCUGAUGUGGAAACACUCUGAAUCACACACAUACGCACACAAACACACACACUCUGACAGGUUGCGUGUGUGUUUAAUCCUUGAUCAGAGCUCAAACAGGUUGUGUUUUCAGGGCGACAUGUUGGUCUAACAGAUCAUCAAAUCAAUAAUAAAUUUGUGGAAAGUCCUUAAAGGAGGCGCCGGCAACAACAAACUGAAGCGUCUGUCUGUGGGAGUCGUCAGGAGUGACACGUGGAGUCUGAGUGUGGAGUGGCUCUUUAUGUAAGGAAGAUCAUUAUUCACAGAAUCAUCAGCGACCGAAGAGAAGUUUAGGAUAGACCGGAGUCUGAAGAACAGCCUGAGGAAGGUCGGACAGGUGAGUACAGUCAGAUCUUUGAGUGAAGAACCAGAGUGAGAAGACUCUGUUCAAGCUUACUGCAGUGAAGGAACUCUGUCUGAGUGAGCAAAGCUUCGGUUCUUGGUGUUACAUAAAGUUUUCUCAUAAGCUUACAGGAGAAUCCAAGAAUCAGGAGAGGAUGACAACAUGCUUAAAAACACACCAGACCAGAGGGUGGCAAUGGAGCCCAGAGGCUGUUGAUAUUCAGUCAGACUCAGAGCCGAUCAUUUAAACUGAGUUUGUUUCCUCCGGUUCAAACUCAACUGUGUAAAACAAUUUACUGCUGGAAAAUUUACUGCUGACUUUGGCGACCUCACAGACUGCCGUGUCUUCAUGCCGCCUCCAGUUUAGCCUCAUUCUUAACAGAGAAUUAAAAUACCUGAACUUUAGAUAAACUUCAGCGGCUCUGUUUUCAAACAUGAGACGGAUGCAUGUGGCGGAUUACGGACAGUGGGAGUUGCGAGAACUCACAAGAACCCGAGGAUUCACGUUUAAUCGCGCGAUAACGAGUUGUCUCCAUAAAGACAGACACAUAGACAUAUAAGCAGUAGAUUGAGUCCUUUCAGAGGAGGAAAUCUACUUCCAGACUAAUAGAAUCAGCAUCUCCUCAUUCACCCUAGUUGUCAUGUUUCAGAGGAAAUACUGGCUUUAAACUCGCCAUGAUAAUGUUGAGUCUUUCUCUACCAUAGAAAUCUUUCACAGGUACAUAAAUAUUAUAUUCUUAGAUUAUUUAUAAAUUUCCUUUAUUUUAACCUAAAACACUGAAAAUUAUUCCUUCCUGAAUCUGAGGAGAAACUAGUUUAAUGGACACUCUCAUGAAAAAGUCCAAAAACCUUCAGAACCAGAACCCAGAACCCACUCCUGGUUCUGAUUCUGUUCUCAUUCUCAUACCUGUUGAAUAUUUUAAACUUUUCUUCUCUUUCUCUCCUGCAGCAUGUUGUCCUGAUCGACACCGACAAAACAACACCAUGAGUACGUCAGCAGUUCGCUCAGCCUCCCCACCUACUGAGGACCCGGCCACGCCCCCUCCAAUGACCACGCCUCCUCGCAAAGCAUCUGUGCGCCUUCAGGAGAGGUGGGUUCAAAGUGCUGUGCCCUCUUGGUCUCCAGGAAAACCCGACAAAUCGUAGAGUUUUUCUAUUUCCUGUCUGUCGCCAAAACCCGAGAAGUCGAUCAUAUCUGUAACAUCAUCACACCGCACAGUAAAAUUCAUGACAAACUUCAUUUAUGAAAAGGACAGAGGGUACAGAUGAACAGUGAAACUGAGACUCAGGAAAGACAGAAGGACAGUGAAACUGAGAUUCAGAGGGGACAGAAGGACAGUCAGAUUGAGACCAAGAUGGGAGAGAGGGGACAGUGAAACUGAGACUCAGUUAAGACCAAAGGACAGUUCAACUGAGACUCAAUAAAGACAGGACAGUGAAACUAAGACCCAGAGGGGACAGAAGGACAGUUAAACUGAGACUCAAUAAAGACAGAAAGACAGUGAAACUAAGACUCAGUAAAGACAGAAGGACAGAGAAACUGAGACUCAGUAAAGACAGAAGGACAGAGAAACUGAGACUCAGUAAAGACAGAAGGACAGAGAAACUGAGACUCGGUUAAGACAGAAGGACAGUGAAACUGAGACUCAGUUAAGAUAGAAGGACAGAGAAACUGAGACUCAAUAAAGACAGAAAGACAGAGAAACUGAGACUCAGUAAAGACAGAAGGACAGUGAAACUAAGACUCAGUAAAGACAGAAGGACAGUGAAACUGAGAUUCAGAGGGGACAGAAGGACAGUCAGAUUGAGACCAAGAUGGGAGAGAGGGGACAGUGAAACUGAGACUCAGUUAAGACCAAAGGACAGUUCUACUGAGACAUAAUAAAGACAGGACAGUGAAACUAAGACCCAGAGGGGACAGAAGGACAGUUAAACUGAGACUCAGUUAUGACAGCAGGACAGUUAAACUGAGACUCAAUAAAGACAGAAGGACAGAGAAACUGAGACUCAGUUAAGACAGAAGGACAGAGAAACUGAGACUCGGUUAAGACAGAAGGACAGUGAAACUAAGACUCAAUAAAGACAGAGGGACAGUGAAACUGAGACUCAGUUAAGACAGAAGGACAGUGAAACUGAGACUCAGUUAAGACCAAAGGACAGUUCAACUGAGACUCAAUAAAGACAGGACAGUGAAACUAAGACCCAGAGGGGACAGAAGGACAGUUAAACUGAGACUCAAUAAAGACAGAAAGACAGUGAAACUAAGACUCAGUUAGACAGAAGGACAGAGAAACUGAGACUCAGUAAAGACAGAAGGACAGAGAAACUGAGACUCGGUUAAGACAGAAGGACAGUGAAACUAAGACUCAAUAAAGACAGAGGGACAGAGAAACUGAGACUCAGUUAAGACAGCAGGACAGUUAAACUGAGACUCGGUUAAGACAGAAGGACAGUUAAACUGAGACUCGGUUAAGACAGAAGGACAGUUAAACUGAGACUCGGUUAAGACAGAAGGACAGAGAAACUGAGACUCGGUUAAGACAGAAGGACAGAGAAACUGAGACUCGGUUAAGACAGAAGGACAGUCAAACUGAGACUCAGUAAAGAUAGAAGGACAGUCAAACUGAGACUCAGUAAAGACAGAAAGACAGUGAAACUAAGACUCAGUAAAGACAGAAGGACAGUCAAACUGAGACUCAGUAAAGAUAGAAGGACAGUAAAAAGAGGGGACAUGGACCCAGCUUUUCCAGUCUGGACAAAUGUAAAAGAGUCGACUGAUAAUCAGAGGACAAAUAUUUGCUGGUUUUGUUUAACCAAUGGGAGCAGACCCACAUGAUCCUGUAUGAGUUAAUAUUUGCUUCAGCUGCAGUUCUUCUAAUGUUGAGGAAUGAAGUUAAUGCAGGAGCUCAAAAAACUGCAGUUCCCCCAGUGUCCACUACAGGCUGACCCCAACAGUCAUAAAUGCCUUAUAAGAGCUCAUCUUAAAGUCUCCAUUUCAGUAAGAAAUAGACAUAUUCACAACCUGGGACAAAAACUCUGUUUGGUUUCUUUAUAGGAGGUGAAAUUUGAGAUCACUCCUCCUUUUUGGUCACAUUUCUGUCGGGAGUUGAACAUAAAUUUGCAUAAAUUUGGGGGUGUGGCUUAUUUUACUAUCACAGCAUCUGAUUGGUGCCAUCACUGAAACUACAAUCCCUUCAGAAAAUGUCCAAGAGCCCAAAACACGGUGAACUGAGAGUAACUGUUCUUUCCAGGCGGGGCUCCAACCUCUCUCUGCUACUGGACGUAAGCACUUUAGGGGUGGAGUCUAUUUGUUCCGUCUCCACCCCCAAAGAGGUGUGGCUUCAGCUGCUACACACCUCCUCUCGGCCGCUCACUCAUGCUGUGCUCCAGCAGGCAGCAACAGACACGCAAACCCUUAACGCAGAGUACCAGGUGAGAGUUCCCCGGUGUUUCUUAUUCCUGGUCUAUGUUUCCACUGAUGAGGUGUGUUUGUUUUAACGUCCAGCUCGUUCCUGUUUUUUUUCCACAGAAGAUUCCCCCGAACUUCGUCACCCCCGCAGAGCUCGACGUUCCCGGUCACAUGAUCAAAGACAGAUACAAAACCAUCCUACCCAGUCAGUACCUCCGCCGUCGUCUGUCUGAACUCCACAGAAACACGGUCCAAGCUGUUGUUAAUGACCUUAUUGUUCUGUUUCCACCCAGACCCUGAGACCCGGGUCAUCCUGAAGAACCCAGAAGAGGAGGCAGGGCCAGAUCGCUACAUCAACGCCAACUACAUCAGGGUAAUAAAUCUUUACAGCAACAAGCCGCCAUGUAGGUUUAUGAAUGUCUAAUGCUGCGUUCGAGUUACCUCAGAAGUCCGAUGUCGGAGCUGAAAAUGAUGUCACACCCGAGUUCCCAGUGCCUCAGUUACCAAGUUGGAAAAAAGCUAAAUCGGAGGCGGAAACAAGAUGGCUACAUCUACGAAGGUUACUUUAGUGCUUGCCUUAUAUUCAUACAAGGCAAGCGCACAAAUAAUAAUCAUAAUGACAAUAGAUUUUAUUUGUAACGCACUUUACAUUUUGAAAAAGUAGAUGUUCCAGAUGUGAUUUUGCUUUUUUCCGACUUGGUAGCUGAAACUCGAGUGUGACAUCAUUUUCAUCUCCGACAUGGGACUUCCGGGGUAACUUGAACGCAGCAUUAGUCCUGCAGAGGAGAUAUGGUUUGUGCAGAGACAGCAGGUUUUCAGUGAACACUGUUUUUUAUGGAUUCAGUCGUUUCUGUAAAUCGUCUCCAUAUACUGAUCCGAACUUGCACUGACAUGUAGGAGAUCAAAGAAAUACUUUCAUGCACACGCUAGCCCCCAAUUUCCACCACAUCCUGAACGUCUCCUAAAAGGUCGUAUCCUCUGAUCGUAGCUGAUUGUAACCAUUCAAGUGUAAUGUGUCAAUUUCCACCGGCUUCUUUCCGUUCCUCUGCGGAUUGCCUGACUCCACAGCUGAUCCGAGGGGUUCUAUUUUUUCCAGACGCCGGAGCAUGCUGGAUAAAUUCAGCACAGAUGAACCCGUGCUGGAAAGGAAGUCGGGCACAGAAACAACAUAAAACAUCCAGCUUCUUUUCAAAAUAAAACACUCCAUGUUUCAGGCAGAUCGUAUUUCACACCAUGCAAACGGGCGAAACGAACAAAUGAACGAUUUUUAGACAUCAUUUCACCUCGAUGACACCAUGGAUGAGGAGAUGCUGAUUCUAGAAGUCUAGAAGUAGAUUUCCUCCUCUGGAAGGACACAAUCUACUGCUUAUAUGUCUAUGUGGCUGUCUUUAUAGAGACAACUCAUUAUCGCGCAACUGAACGUGAAUCUGCGGGUUUUUGCGAGUUCUCGCAAUUACUGCUGUCCGUAAUCUGCCAUGAAAUUCGCCUCACUAACGGAUCCAGUGGGAAUUGGCGUAGGGCGAAAAUCGCCGCUAUUCCGGAUUGGAGACGUUUCGGAUGCGGUGGAAAUUGGGGGUUAAAGUUACUGAGUCAUUCAAUAAGGGUUUUUAAAAAGGGCCAUGUUCUGUAAACGUCACCAUGGUACUCUGAAGUACUGGACUCUGAACCAGGAUCCAGAUGUUCUAGAAGUUUCAUCUGGACGAGAUUGAUUUAGGUUCAGAAAUCCCUGUUCUGGUUUCCACUGGAUUAGAUCAACCUGAGCUGUGUUUCAGACUACCAAAUCCAGAUUACCAGGGCUCUUAAUCAGACCCUGUUUUCACGAUCAGAUCCGUCACUAAUACGAACUUUACUAACCCUGAACAAAAAGGCGCUCACUGAGAAGUCAGCAGGUUGAUAGUACGUGUCAGCGCUGUGUGUGUGUGUGUGUGUGUGUGUGUGUGUGUGUGUGUGUUGAGGUUUGUGCAGCUGUCUUAGUGGGGACCACACUAAGCUGAUGUGAAGAUUGCUGGACUGUUUUUUUACACAGUUAAGAGAAUAUGUUAACGUAAAGUCAUAAAUGUUACAGUCAGGCACGGACAGCAGAGGAACAAGUAUUAAAAAUGUGGAUGUGUAGGUGUGUGUGUGUGUGUGUGAAGAUCUAUGUCUAGAUCUGUGUGUGUGUGUAAAUGUGCAAGUGCACAUUUCAGACGGUGAUACAAACAGAUAUGAGCUGUCAGAUUGUCUGCGUAAGGAGUUUGACAACCAGGAAAACCACAGGAAGUGAAGAAGGAAGUGACAUGGCCCUGACUCAUGCACCCCCCAACAGCCCACACAGCCCUAUCAGCUCUGCAGCUCCAGUUCUGCAGCCUCAGCUCUGCAGAUCUGCAGCCUUAGCUCUACAGCUCCAGCUCUGCAGCUCUAGCUCUGCAGCUCUCGCUCUGCAGCCUCAGCUCUGCAGCUCCAGCUCUGCAGCCUCAGCUCUGCAGCUCCAGCACUGCAGCCUGAGCUCUGCAGCUCCAGCUAUGCAGCCUCAGCUCUGCGGCUCCAGCACUGCAGCCUCAGCUCUUCAGCCUCAGCUCUGCAGACGUAGGUUCUGCAGCUUCAGCUAUGCUGGUGUCUGCUCUGCAGCCUCAGCUCUGCAGGCGUCUGCUCUGCAGACGUCAGCUCUGCAGCUCCAGCUCUGCAGCCUCAGCUCUGCAGCCUCAGGUUGACACUUUCUGCAGCCUGUCCUCAGGCUGAAGGAGCUGCAGUCGGGUGUGUCUGAUCAGUGUGUGAUCAGUGUGUGAUAAGUGUGCUCUUGUUUCUCUUGUUGUUCACUUCUCUUCUUCUUUUUCCUGUCUGAGGAGGUCCAGGAUGUGGUUUGGUUUUUUAGCAGAGGGGGGACAGGUCUACGUUCACAUCCGCUGUAGUUUUUGACAAACAACCUGCAGAACUGACUGAUCCGGUCUGAUCUGAUCUGAUCCGUUUUUUUCUACCUUUUAUUUUCUCUGAAACGGUUUGAAAAUUUGAUGACUCUGAUAGUUUAGCCUGCUGAUGAACAAAAACUAAUAAAAAUGAUUCUGUGAGGCACAGGUGGGUCUACAGGGACAGACUUACUGACCUCUAGUGGACACUCUGAGUACUGCAGGUUUCUCCUUCUCUUGUCUGACCUGGUCUUUGUGCCGCAGGGUUAUAAAGGAGCUCCCAGGGCCUACAUCGCCACCCAGGGGCCGAUGCUGCACACUGUUGGGGACUUCUGGGACAUGGUGUGGCAGGAGAGGAGCAGCAUCAUCGUCAUGGUAACCAGACUGAAGGAGAACAACGAGGUGAGGACUCCUCCUCCCUGUUUGUCUCUCUGGACUGCAGACCGGUCCGCUGAGCGUCUGAUUGUUUGAUUUCAGAAAUGUGAGCUGUACUGGCCUCAGCCCAGAGAGAGGAGGAGGAGGAGGAGGAAGAGUUUGAAGGAGGAGGAAGAGGAAGAGGAGGAGGAGCAAAGAGAGGAGGAAGAGGAGGAGGAGACUGGACGCUUUGGCAGGUUUCUCCUCAGAGUGUUGGACAGCCAGGAGAAGGACGGGUUCACCGUUACCGACAUGGAGAUCCAGGUACAGUACGGCUGCUUUAACAUCAAGGACCAUGCUGGUUCCCUGGACCUGGAUCAUUUGAACCAACAUACCCAGGAUUUCCACCACAUCCGGAAUGGUGGCAAUUUUCGCCGUCCGCCAAUUCCUACCGGAUCCAUUUGUGAGGCAAAUUUUGUGGCGGAUCACGGACAGCGGUAAUCACAAAAACUCACAAGAACCUGCGGAUUCACGUUCAGUCACGCAAUAACCAGUUGUCUCUGUAAAGACAGACACAUAGACAUAUAAGCAGUAGAUUGUAUCCUUCCAGAGGAGGAAAUCUACUUCUAGACUUCUAGAAUCAGCAUCUCCUCAUCCAUGGUGUCAUCGGGGUGAAAUGACAUCUAAAAAACCUUUCACUUGUUGGUCUCCGCCCGUUUGCAUGGUGUGAAAUACAAUCCGCCUGAAACACAAAGUGUUUUAUUUUGAAAAGAAGCCGGAUGUUUUAUUUUGUAUCUGUGCCCGACUUCCUUUCCAGCACGGGUUAAUCUGUGCUGACUUUAUCCGGCAUGCUCUGGCAUCCUGAAAAAAUAGAACUCUUGCACUUGUACAGCUGUGGAGUCCGGCGAUCCACAGAGGAACGGAAAGAAGCCGGUGUAAUUGACACAUUAACUUUAACGGUUACGAUCAGCUACGAUCGGAAGAUACAACCUUUUAGUAGCCGAUUUUUUAAUAGCCUUUCAGGUAUUAAAAAAAUAAUUUCAGGUAAACCUGACAAAUCGAACUAAGAAAAACUAACUUCAGGGUCUGAAAUGGACCAAAGGAAAAAAUCUGAAGUUUGAGGAGCUGAUCUGUGUGACAGAUUUUUUUCACCUGCAUCUAAUGUUUGAGUUGUCGCUGAAUUUGGCGUGAACUUGCUGAGAGUAAAUUUAUGAUCCUCCAAAAUUCUCCUGAUGGGGACGUCACCCUUCGGCAAUCUAGUCGCUGUGGGAACAAGUUCAGCCGACUCUUAGCAUUAGCCGGCACCAACAAAAGUUUGAAGUCUUUCAGACAUUUUUGAAACUCUCCGAAAAGUUUGCUUCAGUUUAUCGGAAACAGUUUAUCUCCUCCAAGAAGCCGGUGUAAAUUGACACGGUAACUUGAAUGGUUAGAAUCAGCUACGAUCGGAGGAUAUGACCUUUUAGUAGCCGUUCAGGAUGAGGUGGAAAUUAGGGGUCAGUCUGGAUCAUCAGAAUCCAUGUCUGUGUGUGUUUGCAGCUGUGUGCAGAGCGCCAUCACGUCAGACAUUACUGGUUCACCUCCUGGCCUGAUCACCACAUCCCACAAUGCACUGCUCCUCUGCUGGGAUUGGUGGAGGAGGUGGAGACGUACUGGAAGUCUCUCCUCCCUUUGCCCAGCUCUCAACCAAUCACAGCCAGCGUCCCCAGCCCUGGACCAAUCGUUGUUCACUGCAGGUUGGUUUCUCUCCGUUUUUUUUUUUCUUUGGAGGAGAGGGUGGAGCGGGAGCUGCACCUCCUCCUCCACAAAAACCUUCAACUCCAGAAACACUUCUUUAUACUCAGGUGCAAAUAUGACCUUACUUUAAAAAAUUCUAACCGAAGGUUUCUCAGCUGUUUUUUAUAGUAUUAGUAUUAAUAACAAUGAGAAAAUACUCACACCACCCCUAAAAAUUCAAAUAUCUCCAUGUGACACUGCCCAUGGGGCACUAGUUGUUCUUAUAUUAAAUUAUCUAUCAUACAAAUAUGCUAAUUAGAAUAUUCCAUGGUCCAAACAUGUAUCAGGCGCAAGUAUUCCUGGUCUAGAAUGAAUACAAAGGAGUAAACUGCCUCCCCCUCAACACCUCAAAGACAAAGGAGAUGGUCACAGACUUCCGUAGAUCCAAACCCCCUCUUCAGCUAGUGAACACCUGUGGAGUGGAUCAAUAGACAUCUGUAGUAAGACGCUGCAGAUGUUUUAUCAGUCUGUGGUGUAGAUUGACAGUGUUCUGUUCUAUGCUGCAGUCUGCUGGGGAGGAAGCAUCAAACACAAAGAUGCAAGACAUCUUAACAAACUGGUAAAAAAGGCUGGCUCUGUGGUAGGACUCAAGCUGGACUCAGUGGAGGAUGUGGUGGAGAGAUCUACACUGAGGAAGGUGGAGACUAUUCUAAAGAACAUGAAUCACCCGCUUCACAAAACCUUGAUGGACCAAAGGGCAAGUGGUGGUGGAUGGCUCCUCUCUCUUCUCUGCAGGACAGAAAGAUUCAGAAUAUCUUUUGGACCAACAGCCAUCAGACUUUAUAACUCUUAUGUAAAUAGUAGAUAACUGUUAGAGACAUAUUUUGUGAGACAACAGACAACUGAACUUCCCUUCAGGGAUCAAUAUAGUUAUUCUUAUUCUUAUUCUUAAUGGUCGUUUUAAAGACCUGAAAAAAAAAAAAAACACAUGGAGCUAUUUGAAUUUUUAGGGGUGGGGAGAGUACUUUCUCAUUUACAGAGUGAUAAAAAGAGAAAUUGAAAGUCCCCUACUCCCCCCUUCUGACUCUAGAACAAAAUAAAACAACAAUUUUGAAAGGGGCUUUAUUCAUUGUUCAGUUUUUGGGUCUGUAAAUGUAUGUAAAUUAGUGCAUAUUUAAAUAGAUAUUACCUCAUUUAUGUAUUUAAACAUAACAUUUGACUAAACUUGUAAUAAAGAAAAAUAUUUGUCUUACGUAAGUUAUAAACUUGGGAAGUUUCAUGGUGCUAUCUGUUUGUUAAAAUUUUUACCGUAUUUAGUGGUCUAACUUUUAGUUCGUUAGUUAGAUCAACUUUGAGUUUGUUAUUAGGGACAAAAACAACUGAGAAAACUUUGUUAGAAUAUUUUUAAGGUUUUUUUUUAUUUUUAUAAAUGCACCAGCUUAUUUAAAGCUCUCUUCCCCCUCUUCCUCCUUCUCCACUCCUCAUCCCCCUUCUCUACUCCUCAUGCUCUCCUCUCUCCUCCUCCCCUCCUCCUCUCCUCUCUCCUGCUCCUCUUCCUCCUCCUCCUCCUCCUUUUCUCCUCUCUUUCCUCCUCCUCCUCCCUCUCCUCCUCCUCCCCUCCUCUUCUCCUCCUCCUGCUCCACCCCCACCUCCUCUCCUCCUCUCUCUCUCUCUCCUCCCUUCCCCCAUCCUUCUCCUCCUCUCUCCUACUCCCUCUCUCCUCCUCUCUCUCCCACUCCUCUCCUCCUUCUGCCUCCUGCUCUCUCCUCCUCCUCUACUCUUCCUCCUCCUUUUCUCCUCUCCCUCCUCCUCCUCCUCCCCCUCCUCCUCUCGUUCUCCUGUCUCCUUCCUCUCCCCCUCCUCCUCCUCUUCUCCUCUCUCCCUCUCUCCUCCUUGCUCUCCUCCUCCUCGCCUCCUCCUCCUCUCCCCUUCUGCUCUCUCCUCCUCUCUCUCUCCUCCAUUCCCCCCUCCUUCCCCUCCUCUCUCCUACUCCCUUUCUCCUCCUCCCUCUCUUCCUCCUCUCUCUCUCCUCCCUUCUCCCUCCUUUUCCUUUUCUCUCCUACUCCCUUUUGUCUCUCCUUUUCCUCCUCCUCUGUCCUUUCCUUCUCCUCUCUCCUUCUCCUCUCCUCCUUCCCCCCUCCUCCUUCCUUCUCCUUCUCCUCACUCCUCUCUCUCCUCCUCUUCCCCCCUCCUCUCUCCUCCUCUGUCUCCUCUUUACUCCUCCCUCUCUCCCCAUCCUCUCUCCUUCCCCUUCUCCUGUCCGUCCCCCACCUCACCCUCUCUCUCCUCCUCCUUUCUCCUCCUCCACCUCCUUCUCCCCCUCCUCCACCCUCUCCUCCUCUUCCUCCUGUCCUUCCCCUCCUUCUCCUCCUCCUCCUCCUCUUGUCCUCCUCUCUUUUACUCCUCCUCUUCCCCUCCCCCCUCUCCUCCUCCUGCUCUUCCUCCACCUCCUCCUCUUUCUCCUCUCCUCCUCCUUCUCACUAUCCUACUUCUCCCCCUCCUCCUUUCGUCCUCCUGUCCUUUCUUUCUCUUACUCUUCCUCUCUCCUCCUUCUCUUUCUCAUCUGUCUCCUUCUCCUUUUCCUCCUUCUCCUCCUCCCUCUCCUCCUCCUCUCUCUUCCCUCUUCUCCUCUCUCUCCUCCUUCACUUCCUCCUCUGUCUACUUUUCUUUUUCCUCUCCCUCCUUCCUUUCCCCUUCCUCUCCUCUUCCUUCUCCUCCUCUCCUCCUUCUUUCUCUCCUCCAUUUCUUCCUCUCCUCCUCCUCUCCUCCUUCUCCUCUCCUCCUCCUCCUGUCUCUCCUGUCUCUCCUCCUUCUUCUCCCUCUUCCUUUCUAUCUCCUCCUCUCCUCCCCCUCCUCUCCUCCUUUUCUCCUCCUCUUCUUACUCCUCUCUUCCUACUCCUGUUCCUCCUCCUCCUCCUCUCUCCUCCUCCUACUUUUCUCUCCUCCUUCCCCCUCUCUCCUCCCGCCCUUCUCCCGCUCAGCGCCGGUAUCGGUAGGACGGGUUGUUUCAUCGUCAGCAGUAUUGGUUGUCAACAGCUCAGAGACGGCGCUCAGGUGGACAUCUUGGAGACGGUGUGUCAGCUCCGAUUGGACCGGUGAGAGUCAAACCGUCCGUCUCUGUUGGUUCUGAAGGUCCAGUUUGUUUCUAACCUUUGACCCCACCCUCCCCCUUCUCCUGUUCAGGGGUGGUAUGAUCCAGACCACAGAGCAGUACCAGUUCCUCUACUCUAUCCUGGCCCAGUACAGCUCCCAGCUGCAACAGAAGCAGGACCAAAACCAGAACCGACAGAAUCCAGAGGAAGUGGUGCGCCUACAGCUACAGAACCUCCAGCUGGACAAUCCGCAGAGAGGGGAAAACUGAUCCCAGUAGAGAACCUCAGAACCAGCUGAAUGUAUCAACACAGAGACUGACAGGUGGACAUCAGGGACCAGGAGAGGACCGGCACAGCAGAGUCCAGGAGAACCGAACCAGGACACGCACAUCCAGAAACCAGCAGAUCUUUCCGGAACAUUUGAUCCAGAAUUCCUGAUUUUUUCACCCUGAAGGUUUAAAAAAAAAAACCUCUGAGGGUUGUAAAGAUGGACCAAAACCAGAACUUUGAGACUGACGAAGACCUCAGCUGGACCAAAACCAGAACUUUGAGACUGAUGGAGACCACAGCUGGACCAAAACCAGAACUUUGAGACUGAUGGAGACCGCAACUGGACCAAAACCAGAACUUUGAGACUGACGAAGACCUCAGCUGGACCAAAACCAGAACUUUGAGACUGAUGGAGACCACAGCUGGACCAAAACCAGAACUUUGAGACUGACGGAGACCGCAACUGGACCAAAACCAGAACUUUGAGACUGACGGAGACCGCACCUUGACCAAGAAUAAAGACCCAAAAUAUUGCUUCUUGAAUCUUGAAGGGAUCUUGGACCGAGUGCAUGCAGAUCCUUGUGUAUGUUUAAAGCAAUAGUACAUGUCUGCCCCCCUGCUGGACAGAGUAGGUCAUUGCAGACAGAUCCACAACCUGAAACACAUGACCGCCCCUUCUUGCUGCUUCAUUCUCAAAAGUUAUCGGCUUGAACAGAGCAACGUCAUGUUCGAGUAUUAAACGAGAAUCACAUAAUUUUUAGUCAUUAAUAAAACUGUUGUCUUGAAAUUGAAAUAAAUCUUAAUGUGUUAAUGCUAACAUUAGCUUGUCCAAAGUUGUAAAUGUACGAUUUGACCCGUAGGCUACUAGCAUUGUAGUGAAUGAAAGAAAAGUGCAAUGACUAAUAAUGUGCAUGAGAUUUCACAUGAAAAUAUAUGAGAAAGACACAAAAUAUCGGAUUCAUCCGGCUCUGCAGACACAUACUAUUGCAUUCAGGGGGUCAAAAUCAUCGCCAAGGAAUGAAGAGAUUAAAAGCGAAGUCAAUCCCUCUAAUGUUGGGAUAAUAUAAGUUAAUAUUUUGGUAGAAUAAACCCAAAAUACUAUGGGUAGGCAGACAAUACAUAAAAAGUUGAUAAGUAAAAAAAAUGUAAAAUUAAUAAAAUCCUAGAAUAAGAAUAAGAAGAACUUUAUUGAUCCCCGAAGGGAAAUUCAAUUGUCUGUUGUCUCAUGUAAUAUGUCUAUAAAAGUUAUCUAUUAUUUACAUAAGAGUUAUAAAGCCUGAUGGCUGUUGGUACAAAAGAUCUUCUGACUCUUUCUGUCCUGCAGUGAAGAGAGAGGAGCCGUCCACCACCUUUUGCCCUUUGGUCCAUCAAGGUGUUGUGAAGCGGGUGAUCCAUGUUCUUUAGAAUAGACUCCACCCUCCUCAGUGUAGAUCUCUCCACCACAUACUCCACUGAGUCCAGCUUGAGUCCUACCACAGAGCCAGCCUUUUUCACCAGUUUGUUAAGACGCCUUGCAUCCUUGUGUUUGAUGCUUCCUCCCCAGCAGACUGCAGCGUAGAACAGAACACUUGCCACCACAGACUGAUAAAACAUCUGCAGCAUCUUACUACAGAUGUCUAUUGAUCGGAGUCUUCUCAGGCAAAAGAGGCGGCUCUGCCCCUUUCUGUAGAUGAAGUCUAUAUUCUUAGACCAAUCCAACUUAUUAUCCAGAUGUACACCUAGUUAUUUAUAUGAUGUCACCACUUCCAUGUCCACUCCACAGGUGUUCACUGGCUGAGGAGGGGGUUUGGAUCUAUGGAAGUCUAUGACCAUCUCCUUUUGUCUUUAAGGUGUUGAGGAGGAGGAGGUUUUUGUGACUCCAGUCACUGAAGGCUCUUAUUAGAUCUCUGUAUUGAGCUUCUUGUCCAUUUUUGAUGCAUGCCACAAUAGCGGUGUCAUCUGAGUAUUUUUGAAUGUGGCAGGACUCAGUACUGUAUUUGAAGUCUGAUGUAUACAGUGUGAACAGGAAUGGCGCCAGCACUGUCCCUUGUGGAGCCCCUGUACUGCUCAUUAAUGUCCCAGAAACACAGUUCCCCAGCCUGACAAACUGUGGCCUUCCUGCACAAUGCAGAAUGUUUUCCACAGAGUAGGUACCCGCCCCAGCAGUAGACUCAGGUUGAAGAUCUAGUGGAGAGGUUGACACAGUUCUGCAGCACAGUCUCUAAGCAGCCUUGGACACACACCAUCUGGACCAGCUGCCUUCCCAGGACAAAGUCUUCCAAGCUCCAUCCUCACCCCUGUUUCGGUGACAGACAAGGACUGGUGUUCUCGCAGGGAGGCAGUGGAAGUGGUUGAGACAUUUGAACGAGAUGGAGGAUGAAGGGGAGAAGUUGUAGUGGAGAUUUGUUGUGGAGAGGAAGGUGGAGUAGCAGUAGAAGUGGGAGUGACAGCAGUGUUAGAUCUGUUGAAGAACAGGUUGAGUUCAUCAGCUCUUUUCACAUCACCCACCACUGGCUGUCUUUUCUUUUGACUGCUGUGUCCAGAGAUGGUACUGAUUCCUCUCUACACUCCACAGAUGUUGCUGUGUUGUAGAUUAUUCUUUUUCUUUGUCACCAUCUUUAAAAGCUUUCUUUUUCUGGUUAAGGAUUGCUUUUAUGUCUCUUGUGAUCCAGGGUUUGUUGUUGGGGAAACAGCGAACAGUUUUUGUGGGUAUAACUGUCUCUACAGAAGUUGACAUAAUCAGUAAAGCAGUCAACCUUUUUUUCAAUGUUCAUACUAUCCACAUCUGUUUCCAGCAGCACAUUCCAGUCUGUUGAUUUAAAACAGUCCCUUAGAGCUUCACUGGCUUGAGGUGUCCAUCUUCUUAUUUUGACUUUGGUCACAGGCUGCCUCAGCACACAAGGUCUGUAACAGGUUUGCAGAUAGACCAAGUUAUGAUCUGACUUGCCCAGUGGUGGUAAGGCAGUGGCUCUGUAGGCUUCUUUGACGUUGGCAUACAGCAGAUCCAGGGUUUUGUUUUCUCUGGUUGGACAGUUCACAAACUGUGUGAAUCCAGUCAGGUGAGAGGAGAGGGUGACAUGGUUGAAGUCACCCGAUAUUAUUAUUAGUGCCUCAGGCCUGGCAACGCUCUUUUGCAAAACAUCGCAACAUUCUUCAGUUGAUUUGGAUGGAAUGUAAACAACUACUGUUAUGAUUUGACUGAAUUCUUUUGGAACAUAAUGUGGCUGAAGAGCAACUGCCAACAGUUAAAUAUCUGGACAACACAACUUCUCCUUGACAGUUAUGUGUGAAGAGUUACACCAUCUCUGGUUGACAAAUGAAGCCAGACCUCCUCCUUUCUUCUUGUCACUAGCUUGAGCAUCUCUGUCUGAUCUUCUAAGAGUGAAGCCAGGUAGAUCCACACUGGAGUCCGAGUUGUUUUGAUUCAACCAGGUUUCAGUAAAACACAGGAAACUGCACUCACGGUAUGCUUUCUCAGUCUUCACCAAGAUCUCCAGCUCAUUGCUUUUGUUGGGCAGAAGGUUGAUGUUUCCCAUGAUGAUUGAUGGAAGAAAGGGUUUAUAUCUCCACCUCCUAGCAUUCAGCUUUGCCUUCACCUUUGCACCAGCACGGCAACCACGACAACACCUCCUGAUGUCCUCUGGAAUUGUAUGUUGUUGCCCAGAUUUGCUUUUCCUCAAUGAAAGGAGCUCUUCUCUUGAGUAAACUCUUCACCCAGCAGAAGUAUCCAUCAUCAGCAAACAAAAUUACAACAAAAAUAUGAAAAAAAUCUAGCAUAAAUUAAAAAAAAUUACAGAUAAUACAGAGAGACCAGACUUGCAGCAACCUCUCAGUUCAAGCGCAUCAUUUGAAUUUUGAUCGAGAUUAAUAUCUAAAUAUGUGACUGUGGGCACUUAUUUAUUUUUAAAAUAAAUUUCGAAUCCUUGAAAGUGAGUGGGCCGAGUCCCAAGAACUGAACACUUUCUUCACAAAUUCCAAAGACUUUUUAUUUUGAUGCAAUAAUAAUACGUGACUGCGGUCACUGAUUUAUUUAUUACUUGUUUAUUAAAUUAAAUUUCUGGGCACAAAAAUGGAUGUGAAACAGCGGUUAAAAAGAGGGUUGUGGAUCUGUCAUGCAAUGACCUACUCCGCCCAGCAGGGGCGCAAGGAGGGUUGUGGAUCUGCUGGGCUCUCUGGCUCUGCAGACCCCCUACUUGUUUAAAGACUCUUAUUUUGGUUUUGUGAGCCUGUGAAUGAUGCUUGUUUGAUUGCCUGACCUCAUCUUGGACCAGAGGAGGGGUCCUGAUGUAUCUGGACCUUGUGUUUGGACUCCUUCUGUACACUGACAGGAAGGGUCCAAAAAACUUAGACCAGUUCAGCUGACGGUCUACAAGGUGAGAUGAACUCCACGUCUUCAUGGUGAAAGCAAACUAACAGACAGAAGUCUGUUAGAGAAAUGAAGACACAACUUCUCCUCACAACUGGUUCAAUAGGCCCCAGGUCUAUAAAACCAUGGUUAAUUAUUUCAAGGAACUUUUGGUUUGUGUUCAUUGUGGCACCCCCUGUGGACAAAGGAGUCUUCACUCAUUUUGUCCACUGCACGCUGUAGUCGAGUCUUCAGAAAAAAACCUCAUCCUGCUGAUGUUUAAAGUCGAAUGUUUCCUUUAUUCUGAUUAUUUUAUUUGAAUAAAAACAGAUUUUUCUCUUCGGCCCGAACUACACGUAUAUGGAUAUUUAUUUAUCAGGAUAUUUUUGUACUCCCGUCUAAAUAAAUGUAUCUGUCCACACGUGUUAGUUCUCAAAAAUAUCUGCAUCCACACGUAGCCUUCAAACUCAAUCCUAUCUGGUGCCGCUUAAAAAAAAUUCAGGAACAAAUCUAACUGAUUGGCCGAUGAAUCGUAACAGCGUGAUGCGUCAUGCAUUGUUUGCGGAAGCUACGCUAGUGCGUCGGGUCCAUGUGACGGACCAUGUGACUAAUAAAAGUAUUGGCCGCAGCAGACGCGUCUGUGAGCUGGCUGACUGGUGGAUGUAAUUGCAUAAAACAAGGUUCACUUGCAAGGCUGAAAUAAGCCCCAAAAGGGCAAAACAAACGUAAAGAAUACCCUGUCUGUCCGCCGUCGUUGUUGUUGUUGUUUUUCUUUUUAAUUCGCAUGCGCGAGCUGCGGUUUGACGUCAUCGAUCCGUAAAAGUCCAACCACACGAAUCCACUACGGAUACGGGAUACGGAUAUUUUUUUAUUUCUCCACUUGUUUUUCCGGAUUCAGAUUUAUCCGGUUUGAGUGCUCCAAACUCCCGCUUUGGUGUGGUAGGGAGGCCCAAUCGGACAUAAAUAUGUGCGGUUUGAAAUAUAUCCGCAUUCGUGUAGUUCGGGCCUUAGUCCAUUGUCUUUCUUCAUUUCUGCAGAUCAUCAAAAACACCAACAUGAGUUUCAGUCUCUUUUAUUAAAUGUUUAAAAUCUCCUUACAGGAGCUUUAAUUAUGUUGGCGCU